AUGUCUACCCCUGCUACUCCUACGACUCCUCGACAAAAUGAUUCCCCGAACAUCAAUUCGACCACAAACACACAAAAUCCUGCUCCUGAUCGUAAGAUUGAUAACCGCCCAGCCUUCACAUCAUUUCACGCGGCACCAUUCCAACCUAGUGUAAGAAAGCGUAGGGCUGACGCAUCUGGCUUUCCGGUAGACGCUGGCCCUUUCUUUUCACAAACUCAACAACAUUAUAAUUUAUGUAGCAUGGAUAGGACUUAUGGUGCGACUCACCCCGUUAAUGAAGCUGAUGUACCAUGUUUGGUUGAAGUAGAUGGUCAAUUUCAUAAUGUCACACAAUUCUUGUUAGGAAUCACGGCACGAGUAUCCAACAGUGACAAAAAGAUUGAGUUAGUACAACACACUCCAAAACGUGAUAAAGGACCUCAAAUGGUUCCGGUUCCAAAACCUAUUCGUCCUGGUGGAAAUCUAAAUCUUAGUUCAGUUGGUUCUAAUUCAAAUAUAGUUACUUUUGAACGUAUUCAAUUUAAAACUGCAACUGCAAAUAAUGGAAAACGUCGAGCUGCACAGCAAUAUUAUGUGGUAAUGGUUGAUCUUUAUGCUCAAGUGGAAAAUGGUGAACAAUAUCGUGUUGCUACAUCAACUUCAGCACCUUUGGUCGUACGUGGUCGUAGCCCUGGCCAUUAUGCUGAUAAUCAUGAUCGUUAUAACCCAAUUGGAAUGAACCCAGCAUUCCCAAAUGAUCGUCAUAUUGGUUUUCCACAUCCUGCCGGACCAAAUGGAUCGGUGAUGCCACAAGAUUUUAAUGGUGGUCCUUUUCCGGGACCAUACGGACAGUACCCACCUUUUCAAGGAUUCCCACCAGUGACCGGUGGACCAAUUAGAAAUGAUGCUUUAUUGAUGAUGACUGGUCCAAAUGGACAAACACCACCUUUUCAUCCACAACAUCCUCAUCAACAAUAUAUGGUGUCAAGCAUUGGGGAUGCUGAAAAUCAAAAUCCAGAAGUGUAUAAUAAUCCUAACAUGGACCCGAAUAUUGUUAACGGCUCACAUGAUCAAAAAGUACAUCAAGGUCAACAGAUUGAUAUGCAUAUGGAAGGAGUUGCUACAACUUCUGCUCCACACUCGGCAUUCUCUAAUUUUGAAUCACGUCCAAUUUCAAACGCAAAUUCGAAUGUUGCUGCUGUUGGUGGCAAACCAUUUAUGAAGAUUGAGAUUCCACAAUCAACAGAACUUCCAGAUCAUCCUCUAACUUCUCCAGCAUAUCAUUCACAAGAAUAUGUAGAAGGGUUACAUUUCUAUCAUACUCCAGCAAACAGCGCAUCAACACAUCAUGGAGGUUACCAUUCUGAUAGUGAACAACAUCACAGUAAUGGAGUAAAUCAAGAAAAUGGACGACAAGAACGAUCAGAUGAAUCUUCAGAACAAAAUUCUCAUUCACCACAAGUUAAUGGUGAUAAAUCAGAGCAGCAUGAUUCAAAAUCACCAUCUGCAACGAGCAAUGGUAGCAACAUGAAUUUCAAGAUGGGAAAAGUUGAUGAAUCUGAUAAACUGUAG